UUCGAGAAAGUGUCACCACUCGAGAAAAAAUUUCCAACUUUUCUCGAGAAAAAAAAAAAAAGAAGAAAAAUUACAAAAACGAAAAACCCUAAUUUCCCAAAUGAAGUGUGGCAGCGGUCCUCAUUCCUCAUCCUAACGCCGUCUCUGCAUCUCCCGGCGAUCAGAUGCAGUGGGAAUAGGCAAUCUGACCGGCGAGAGAGCUCCACCACUUAAAAAGAUCGCUACUUCCUCUCUCCAUUGACCAGGAGUUCGAGAUGGAUCACUACGACCUGCAUAGACAGAGAAGGGAUUUGAAGCAAAAAGGAAGAAACGCUGGAAGAAAUGUUGUAUGGUCGCAUGCAAUGGAUAAGUGUUUAAUUGAUUCCCUUGCUAUUCAAGCUAGGCAUGGAAACAAAAUUGACAAGAGCUUUAAUGAACAUGCUUACACUGCUGCUUGUAUUGCAGUGAACUCUCGUUUCAACUUGAAUUUAAACAAUCAAAAGGUCAUUAAUCGUCUUAAGACCAUAAAGAAGAGGUAUAAGGCAAUGAAGGAUAUCCUGAGUCAAGAUGGUUUCAGGUGGAAUCCCACUACAAAGAUGAUCGAGUGUGACAAUCACGAACUUUGGAAGAGAUACAUUGCAGCACAUCCUGAUGCAAAGGGGUUUCGAGGCAAGCCAAUAGAGAUGUAUGAUGAACUCAAAAUUGUUUGUGGAAACUAUCAAGUCCCUAGUCGCUGGGCUAAGAUGAAGGAUGGAGGCCAUCCAAGUGAGAUGAAGAAUUGUGAAGAUGAUUCUGCCUCAUUUCUUUCUCCAAGCUCAGAUGACCUAAGUGAGACAGAUGGAACUGAGACAUAUAGUGAACCAGAAGAAGGGUAUAACAAGGUGCCAGAUGGUAUUCAAGACCCCCCUCUGAUCCAGCCACUUAGACAACUUCCGAAACGCCCUCGUGGCUCAGAAGCCCUUCAGGAUGCAAUGAUGGCUGUGGCGUCAAGCAUUCGUCUCUUGGCUGAUGCUAUGGAGCAAAGCAAAUACUCAAUUGACGCCUCUCAACUACUAGAGGCUGUGAUGGAGAUUGAUGGUUUGGAAGAGGCUAAACAGAUGUAUGCAUUUGAGUAUUUGAAUGCUGACCCUGUCAAAGCGCGAGCCUUCAUGGCAUACGAUGCUCGGAUGAGGAAAAUAUACUUGUUUAGACAGUUCUGGUGGUGGAAGUAACUCUCAAUCCCAAUUUUAGGGUCCUCUGGGUGUAUAGUUCUCAAGCUUACAAGAAGACUUGUGUUUGUUGGAUUACAAAUACUAAAUCGCCGUUGGUCUGUGUUUCCGGAGGUGUAUGUACAGAUAUUAGAUAUCCGCAGGUUCAAUAUCGUAUUUGGUUAGCAAGCCAGGAUGUAGUCAUUUUCACCUUGUUUGCUGCAUCUUUUGAAAGUUAAAGAUUGCAGUCACCGUUUAUCCGGUGUUUCUUGUAAACCCGAAAUCGCCGGUGUAGUUCUUUCACCUCUUUUUUCCUCAUUCAUCUCUGCCAUGAAUUUAAUGUGUCCUUUGCCCCGAUCAAAUAUGUUUAUUUUAAUUGCAUUUUGUUGA